AUGCAGCGCGGUCGGCGGCACGGCGAGAGGGCAGCGCGGCAACCGGGGGCAGGCGGCGGCGUGUCGUUAUUGGGGGACGAUUUCUUCGAUCUGCUCGACUCCGCCGGAUUCGAGGACGACGAUCUCUUUGGCUCGCCCAGGUCCAGCCCGUCGGCACUCGGCUCGGUGCUCGGCGGCGAGAGGCCGGUGAAGGCGGCGCCGAUAGAGCACAAGCUGCCGUGCACCAUGGAAGAGCUCUACGCGGGGACAACCAGGAGGAUGAAGAUCACCAGGCUCGUCGCCGACGCCGACGCCAGUGGCACCGGAACGCCAUUACCAUGCCACCCGUACGUGGUGACCGCACUGCACUCUGCACGCAGGGGAACGGUCCCGGCAGAGGACAUCGUGACGAUCGAGGUGAAGCCGGGGUGGAAGAAGGGCACGAGGAUCACCUUCCCGGAGCGGGGGAACGAGCGGCCCAACACGGUCCCGGCCGACGUGGUCUUCGUCGUCGACGAGAAGCCGCACCUGGUGUUCGCCCGGGACAGCGACGACCUCGUCGCGACGUGCAGGGCGCCCCUGGCCGGGCGCGCCAUGCACCUGACGGCGCUCGACGGGCGCGGCCUCACGGUGCCCGUCAGCAGGUCGGCGGUCCGCCCGGGGUGCGAGGUGGUGGUCCGCGGCGAGGGCAUGCCCGUCCCCAGGAAGCCGUCCAGGAGGGGCGACGUGCGGGUGAGGUUCGACGGCAACUAAUAAAUAAGCUCCCGGCGGCUGACAGAUGGUCGGGCGUGAACCGGCGACCGGAGAUGGUGUGUUGAGGCAUCUGCGGGGAGAUGCUGUGACUGUGACGAGGCCUCUGAGUGUGUGUGUGUGUUUUUUUUUAAGCAUCAGUACAGACACAAGCGCUCAUAUAUACGCGCAUACAC